AUGCCACGCCCCCGACUACUGACCCCCGAGGCGCAGCUGCUCGACGCUGCCAAAGCUGACGACGUUGAGGUCGCGACGCAACUCCUCAACGACGGUGUCGACCCGGACGUCCUCCUGCAGGAGUGGACGCCAAUGCUGAAAGCUGCCUUCCACGGCGCUGAGGCGGUCGUGAGCCUCCUCAUUGAGGCUGACGCCAAUGUCAACAAGUGCGACGAGAAUGGCUGGACGCCGCUGUACGUGGCAGCGCAGAACGGCUGGGACAAGGUCGUUGCGCUCCUUCUCGCUGCGAACGCCGACGUGCAGCGGUGCACAAAGGAUGGCGCAUCACCGCUGCACAUUGCGGCUGCGUUUGGCUUCCACGCUGUCGUCAAGCUGCUUAUUGCCGCUGGCGCCGACCUGGAGCUGAGAGACAGCGCGGGUCGGACGCCGCUGUGGAUCGCCGCCUUUGAAGGCCACAUCGUUGUCGUGCUCCUGCUACUGCAGGCGAAGGCGACGACCAAUUGCGCCAACAAGGACGGUGCGACGCCAUUGGCCGUCGCGACGCAGCAAGGACACGUAGCCAUCGUCGCCCAGCUCGUCAAGCGCCGCGCCGACCCCGCCGUGUCCAUCAAGGACGGAGCCACGCCAUUGUUUGUGGCCGCCCAGUACGGCUACGACGCGAUCCUCGGGCUCCUUCUUCAAGCGUCUGCGCCGAUCGAGACGACGACCGACGCGGGCGCGACACCCGUGUACGUGGCCGCCCAAAACGGCCACGCAGGUGCCGUGGCGCUGCUUCUUGGUGCGGGCGCCGACGUUUCCAAGCGACUUCGGGACGGUUUUAGUGCCUUGUACGCCGCGGCGCAGAAUGGCCACGACGCCGUUGUCGCCUUGCUUCUCGACGCCGGUGCCGACGUCGACGAGCUCAUGCAGGACGGCUCGACACCUCUUUUUGUCGCCGCACAGAACGGGCAUGACGCAGUUGUCUCGCUCCUCCUCGCUUCGGACGCGUCGCUAACGACAUCAACGAUUGACGGCGCGACGGCCUUGCAUGCGGCGGCCCAGCACGGCCAUGACGCCGUAGUCGCCCUGCUUCUCCGCUCCGGUGCCAGUGUCAAUGCAGCAAGCACCGAUGGCUCGACGGCGUUGCUCCUCGGCGCCGCCCACGGCCACCGCAAUGUGGUUGUCCUGCUUCUCAACGCACAAGCCACCGUGAACCGAUCCCGAAGAGAUGGCGCAACACCGCUGCUUGUGGCGGCGCAGCACGGGCAUUCGAACACCGUCCUCUUGCUCCUCAAGGCGAAAGCCGACGUCGUCCGCCCCAACGAAGAAGGCAAGACGCCGCUGUGGGUCGCUGCCGAGGCCGGGCACGCCGAGGUCGUCACGCUUCUGUUGCAGGCCAAGGCCAACCCGCACCGCUCCGACAACAUGGGACGGACGCCGCUGAACGUUGCCGUCGAGAAUGGUCACGCAGCCGUCGCGGCCCUGCUCAUGAACGCCCAAGCCGCCGCAGGCAAGGCGAAGAAGCUGACCAAGGCGCCGUGA